AUGCCCUCACUGCGAAGCACAAGAAGCUCGGACUCCUCGCGGAGUAAUCACAAGCUCGAGGAAGUAGGCGACGGUGAGGAGGAAUUUGAGCAAGCUGAUGAGCCGCAAGAGGAAGAGGAGUACGAUGAGGAGGAAGAGGCAGAGACGCGUUGUAUCUGCGGUGAAUUGGACCCGCCAGACGCCGAUGGGCUGUAUAUCCAGUGUGAGAAGUGCUCUGUAUGGCAGCAUGGGUACUGUGUAUCGAUCAGCGACACUGUGCCAGAGAAGUACUGGUGUGAGCAGUGCAAGCCGGAGCUGCACUUGAUAGUUGUGACACCACAGGGCAAGAUGUCAAAGUAUUUACCGGUGCAACCGAAGGAUUCGAAGGAGUCUGUUGGAAGCAGACGGAAGAGCAGACGUGCUCAGGACGAUGAGAAGGAUGAGCUACAGCAGAAGAAGAAACGCGAGCGUGGUGGGUUAUCAAGAGAGGAUGCUCGUUAUGAGGCGAUGAUUCAACGGGCAUUGGAGGAGAGUAAGAAGGAUGCUCAGCCUGAUACCAAAUCUGAAGACGAGAGGGGCUCCAGAAGAAGCUCCAGAAGGAAAAGAAGUAGCGAGGAUGUUGACGGGGAUGAAGGCGAGUUGUCCAAGCAAUCUGACGUUGAGCACAGCGAUGCUGGUAAGGGUAACGGCAAUGGCCAAGGUGCUGAAGCCGAAUCCAAGCCAACCACAGGCGAGUCCCGUGUCAGCAGGCUGAAAAGAGAGUCUGCAGAGAACUCAGAGUCUAACGAUUCCACUGCGUCCUCGUCAACUCAGAAGAAGAAGGCCAAGCGUACCAAGAGAAGCACUCCCUCAUCAGCCGGCUCGUCAAAGUCUUCAUCCACCAUUGAUUUCAAUAAACCUACAAGACCAAGGAUCCCACAGCAGAGAGCCACUUUGAACGAGAUGAGAAAACGUGUUGCAGCGAUACUGGAGUUCAUCGGACGUACUCAGGUGGACAUUGCAACGGAACAGAAGGAUCAAAAUGAGCUCACCAAGUUCGUGGAGGAUGAAAAGAUGAAGCUAACAGUGGAUCAAAUGUUUGAGAACUACAAUGGAAGCUUAGAACUGAUGGACUCUCUCACGAGAAAAUUGUUAUUAUGGGAACAAACGUUUGGGAAAUUUGGCGACCAAUGA